UACUUUAUUUGCCGUCCAUUCAGUUGCUCUACCACUAGUUUCUUCUCCGUCCAGCCACGCUAGGAAAGCAUUCUCCAGUGCCGCUCUUCCCGUUCCGUCCAGGGUGUCUCCAUGGAUGGUUCUACCAACAGGCAUUCUAAGCGUCAAAGGGCAGUUCUUCCGAUUCCCGUCAAGUGCUCUGCCUUCAGGAUUGAAUUGUCUUCAGAAGAAUUUUUUCCCAUGUAAUUGGGGAGAUCCCAUUUGUGCCACUGUUGUACAUACGGUUGAUGUAGUGGAGGUUUCACCUUUGAUGCCGUCUGUAGAUGUUGAAGCACCCCCUGUUCCGCAACCGGAUACGAAUUCAGAGGAGGAGGAGGAUGAUGGGCUAGACGCUGAUGAUUUGAAACUAUUUCCGCUUCUGAAGAUUCGUGCUUCUCCCAAGCAUUUAGUCGAACCGAUGAAGCAUUCGGAUAGGGCAGUGCCCCGAGCCAUGCCGUCGUUGCGUGGUUGGACUUUUGGGCUUUUAAAGGCCAGACAGUUAUCCGAUAUCAAAAUGGGAGGUUUUGGUAGGGGAGAGGUUGUGGGACCGUUCAUUCCCGAUGUUGACCACGUAGUUCUGGGUCCAGUUAGGGUAAUAUAUGAACUAAUUUAAAUUCAUAUAGUGUGUUUUGAGGAUUCUUUCUCUAUUUUGUUUGUUUUUCCAUAGCGUUUUAACUGUA